AACCUUCCAGCCUUUAAAAGCCCUCAAGACGAAGGACCUAGGGCAGGGUCCCUCUGGGGCAUGCCCACACCUUUCUUCCCCGUUUCUUUCUCCCUAAGCACUAACGGUCCCCACGUGACUUGGGGAGCAGAGGGGAGCAGAGGCUCAUCCUGGCUGACCCCCUGAGCCUGCCCUCAAAGGCUUUUGUUCUCCGACUUCCCGGGGAGCAGGCAGCAGCCCCGCCUUCGGUCACUCCCCUCACCGUGAACCUCAUGUCUCAGUGAGCCAGCCCUGCCCAAGCUCUCUCUUGUUGCUAUUGCAACCCUAAGCCCUUCCUUGUCUCACUGUCCCAGCUGUCAUAAACGUACUCUCAACGCCGCCUGGACUCCUGCUGUGACACUGAAAUCUUUCCUGCACGAAGCCAAGAACCCGCACUCCGCAGGCUGGCCCGAGGCACACCCGCUCCGGACCCGGUUCCUGUCCAGUAACAAUCCGGUGGUUCCUGAGAAAGCGUGCCAUCAUUUUCAGCAAGCUAACCAAGCCAGAAGCUGAGAGCAUAGCACAGCCUGUGCUGAUGACAGAUUAGAACGAAUUUCCUCUUGGAGUCUCCCCUGUGGCUUAGCUGUCAAACCAGUGGUUCAUCUCACCCAGGAGAACAUGGCUUCUGCGAGGAUGAGGUGGAUGUACAUGUCCCUCGUGGCCCUGGGAGCCCUCUGCUUGUACUUCAGCAUGUGCGACAUGCCGGUCUUCGGGGGCGAGCUGUUCGUUUUCAAGCGAGACAGCGGGAAGUUCCUGCAGCUCCCGGACGCCGACUGCCAGCAGGACCCCCCGUUCCUCGUGCUGCUGGUGACCUCGUCGCCCGAGCAGGAGUUCGCGCGCCUGGCCAUCCGGAGCACGUGGGGGAGGGAGACAGAGGUGCGGGGCAGGCGGGUGAAAACGCUCUUCCUCCUGGGGACCAGUGCCAGGAAGCACGUGGCGGAGGCGGUGGCCCAGGAGAGCAGGCAGCAUCGCGACGUCAUCCAGAAAGACUUCGUGGACGUGUACUUCAACCUGACCCUGAAGACCAUGAUGGGCAUCGAGUGGGUGCACCGCUUCUGCCCGCAGGCGGCGUUCGUGAUGAAGACGGACUCGGACAUGUUCAUCAACGUGCACUACCUGACCGAGCUGCUGCUGAGGAGGAACAGGACCAGCCGCUUCUUCACCGGCUACCUGAAGAUGCGCGAGUACCCGAUCCGGCAGCGGCGCAGCAAGUGGUUCGUCAGCAGGUACGAGUACCCGUGGGACCGGUACCCGCCCUUCUGCUCCGGCACGGCCUACGUGUUCUCCGGCGACGUGGCCAGCCGGGUGUACAACGUCUCGGAGAGCAUCCCUUUCCUGAAGCUGGAAGACGUCUUCGUGGGGCUGUGCCUCAAGAAGCUGGACAUCGGCCUGGAGGAGCUGCACUCACAGCAGACCUUCUUCCCCGGUGGCCUGAGCUUUUCCACGUGCCGCUUCCGGAAGAUCGUGGCCUGCCACUUCGUCGGGCCCCAGAAGAUGCUGCUCUACUGGCGCGCCCUGGAGACCUCCCGCGGGGAGGAGUGUCCGGCUGAGUGAGGGGGCCCGGUGGCGGCGGCGCGUCUGCACGCGCCUCUGACAGUCCGUGGGGGUGGUUCUCGAGAAAUCUUGGGAUGGCGUUGCUGCAGAUUGUCAGGGAACAGGAAGGGAGGGGAGGAAGGAGGGGGAGGGGAGGCAGGGCGGGGAGGGGGACGUCGUGCAGUGUUCCAAAUCUAGACUAGGACGAAAGCUCGGAUGAAACCACAGAUCAGUUUGGACUUAGUACCCCAGGCAGCAACAGGCUCCACCUCUUGAGCAGCCCCACCAUCGCGCCAGGUGUGGGACACACACCCGCGCUUUCUCAUUUCGGGGGCCAGCGUCCAUGUGGGGUGGGGGUGUCAUCAUUCCCAUUGGACACGGGAGGCGGCAGCAGCUUUGGGAGGUACAGGAACUUGUCCCCAGGUUCCCGGCCGACAAACGUCAGAGCAGGGAGGGACAUCGAGGGCUGUUAGGCCCCGGAGGGUGCCCUGGAGAGAGAGAGUGGCUGUGAGGAGGCUCCAAGCGCAGCCUUGCUGCUGGUGCCACUCAGGCCACGAGGGGCGUCCCUGCCCCUCAGCUCCCAGUGCCGUGCUCUUCCGUGCUGCUGAGACUGGGGUGAGCGCACGGGCGCCCAGCUGCCUUCUUUCCUGCCAUGGAUGUUGGGGGGUGGGCAUGGAGUCCCUGGUCGCAGGGUGCUCAGCUCCUCCCAGGAGAUAGCCUAGCAUGGCUGCAGCUCGGUCCCCAACAAACCCGUUUUUAUACAUUUUGCUCAGAAAUCACUGCACAGCCUGGCCCCUUCCUUGUGUGGACUUGUUGGCACACUGCUGACCUCCCCAGGAGCACGGCGUCUCCUCCGAGCCUCCUCCGGCCUCCCAUCUGUCUGCUCCAGAUGCCCUGGGCUGUGCGUUAGGUCUCCGAGUUCACAGCGGAGGGCAGUGAGGCGCAAGGCCUGGUCGGGGAGGUAUUCUGGGAGCUCUUCUGGGACUUCAGGUGGAUGUAGGUGAAGACGCUGUCCAGGUCCCCCUGGACACUGGUCGCCGCACGGAGCCAUGUUCCAGUGAGCGGUCUUCACCUGUGUCUGUUGUUCCAGCCUGACCCCAGUGUCAUCUUUGCAUUUCUCAUGUGGCCAAGACACAGCUGAGUUCUGUGGUGUAGAGUUCAGCCUUCCAUGUCCUCCCAGGCGACGUGUGAGCCGGUUGUGCAGGGUUGUGAGAAAACAGGGUACUUCUUCCCAAGGGCCUUGGCCCAUCCGGCCACCGUCACGUGACGUGCAGGUCACCUGGCUGCUGCUCGUAGGGAUGGAUGGUUCUUAGUGUUUACUUUAUUGGACUUGACUUUGUGAGC